GUUAUUAUGCGUCAAUGUUAUAGGUCUAGUAUUCACCUGUAUGUAAUAGGAUCCUGCACCUACUAAGAACAAAUAGGGAGUGGACGAGAGGCUUCUGUUUUCACGGCGUGGCAAAAUGGUUCGCAAAUGGAUUACGAAAACACAACAUAAAUUUACGCACUUGAUUGAUAUUUCUGUGUUUGAUUAAUCGGAUUACCGAUCACAGAUUUCAUUGAUUUUAAUUACUGGAGUUUUAUUCGUAAAAUUUUUAUUUAAUAAUAGCUGCCUUUUUCGUAUUUUAUUUUGUUCCAAAGGUGUUUUCAUUUCAAAGGGGAUGAAUUUUAUCGCUGCUACGUGUUAACUUUUGCAGUUUGAAUUUCCGAAAUUUCAAAUAGCUAACAUCAUCUCAGAUGCUACAAUAAUUAACUUCACGAAAGCCAUUUAUAGGUAUAUGUUAGCCUUGAUCUAUUUAAGUAUGCGCCAUUAUUUAACACUAUGUUUGUAACGAAAUUGAAUGAAACAGUUGUCAUGAAAUCAUAUUAUGUUUUACGCAUGCACACCGUAAUCAUUCAAUGCCACGAAGUAUUGAAAAAAUUGUCUCUAAUAGUAAAGAACGUCUCUAAUAAUUAGUUACGUAAUUGCAGUCUAGCAAGCAAAAAAAAAAAAAUCGAAAUUUUAUAUAUACAUAUGUGUAUUUUAAUAUAUUGGUAACGCUAAAUAUAAUUAAAGAAUACUAAAAUAGACUGACGUGUCAAUUGAGCAAGAGAUUUUUGCUAGCAGAACGUUAAACUAGUAUCAAAUUUAUUUGACCGUGGUGAAAGAAAUGGUAGAUCACGCUUUAGAAAAACUUGUUCUUGAACUAUAUCAUGAAAAUAAGUGGAGGGAUAUAUUGGAUUUACAAAAUUUCAAAGAUGCGUUUGAAAAGCAUAGACUUUUGUGGGUAUGGCCAAGUCUGGAAGAUCUAGACUGGCUGAAGCAUAUUAUUAGCGAAAGAAAUGUGCGUGAAAUUGUUAGCAUAGGAUGCGGCAGUGGAUUAUUGGAAUGGUUAAUUCAAAAAUAUUUAGGAAUCGUUGUUGUCGGGGUAGAAGUGGACCGAAAAUGGUGGUGCAGCGGCUAUUCUCCGCCAUUAUUUUUAAAAAAUGUUCAUUUUAUUGAUGAAGAAGACAGUCGCUUUGAAAUAUUGCCAUCACAAGCUAUUUUGUUCUGUUAUUUCAACAACGGAUCGGCAUUCCUGAAUUAUGUGAAGCAGUACACGGGGAGAACGGUCAUCGUCAUUGGACCUGGUGAAGGACGGGGAUCUUGUACAGAUCCGGUCCCAUUUGAUCGAAAAUUUUCUGAUCUCGGUUGGAAAUUGGAUGCGGCGAGAGAAAUCAGAGAUACAAAAGAUUAUAUAGCUGUGUAUGUUAGGUAACACAGAUUAUUCAUUGCAUUUCUAUGUUCCGGUAUAAAAUUCAAUUUUUUAGUGGAUUUGGGUAAUUUUGGCGACGACAUUAACUUGCUCAGAAUGUAUUCUAUUGUCAUUAAUUCGGCAUGGCAGUAAUGAUUACAAACAAUUCCGAUCAUUCCACGUGUAUGAAAAUAGGAUCUAUUACAUAAGAUUGUAUGAAUAUACUCAAUAAUUAUAGUGAAAAUCUUGGUACGAAUAAACAGCAUGUGUUGCAAAAAUAAUAUAUCAGUCAUAUUUAUUCUAUAACAAUUGGCGAUCUGGAAUCUGUUGGAAGUUUGCUAGAUGAUGUUUGUUCGUGUUUCGCCAUAUGAGUGAGCAGA